GUAUCCGGGUUUUUCCCCCCUCCAAAGAUGGCGGCGCCCAGGUCGGUCAGAGCUCGGCGGCUUUGGAACGGUCUGGCGACGGCCGCCGCCUUCCUCGUCAUCCUCCCUCUUCUUCCCGCGGCGGAGGCCGGGGCCGAGGGGGACCAAAGCACGGCCGAGUUCGACGUGAGGCCCGGCGGAGCGGCCCACUCGUUCUCGAAGAGCCUGGGAGACUACACCUGCACCUUCACCUAUGCUGCUCAAGGUGGGACCAACGAAAAAUGGCAAAUGAGCCUUGGGGUCAGUGAAGAUAACCUGCUGUUUUCCUGUUCCAUCUGGAGGCCCCAAGGGAAGUCUUACCUCUUCUUCACCCAGUUUAAAGGCGAGGUCAAAGGAGCGAAGAUCGAGUAUGGCAUGGCCUACUCCACGGCUGCGGUUGGAGGGCAGAGUGACGUUCCCUUAAAGGAGGAGGAAUUCCAGGUGACCGAAACAGCAGUGUUUCACAAGGAAGGCAAAUUCCGCUCAGAACUGUCCAAGCUGCUGAUCGUCGCCAAAACGGCCCACGACGAGCUGUGAAUCGCCGAGUUCCCUUGCCUGUUAGAAGGUGCUCUGCUUUGCCGGGGACACUGCAAGCGGAUCUUCUGGCUGACUCUUGCAGAGGUGGGGACCUCUCUCCUGUGCUACCCUGGAGUAGGAAUUGGGGAAGCAUUUGCAAAACUGCACAGUGCUUCGGCACCACAAACCCUGAAAGCUCCUCUUGAGAUGUUUCUGGUGUUCUGCUUUGGAAUACGAAUUGUCACCGGCGGUGCAGGGAAUAAAUGUGGGGCGCCGUUUAUCAUCCUAGCAAUCUUCGUUUCCAGUCUGAUGGUGCAGCACCCAAUCUGGGAGAGACCAGCGGCAGCUGUCACAGAGAGACUGCGUCUGAAAACCGUCGCAGAAGUUUCGAUUCCUCUGAUCAUUUUUCAUCCAAAAAGGACCAAAUAAAUACACCGGCGCAUUCCCUCCCCACCUUGUCUUCCCCCUCCGUAAGCCAGCUUAAUAACCACAACGGAAUCCCACCUUCUCUCUUCCUUGGUGAAAAAGGGCAAUAGUUCGAAUAAAUCAGAAUAUAUAUAUCU